CCUAAGGGCUAUGUAUAGCAUUUUCUUAAUAUUUAUACUCCGUAUUUCUGUAAUAAACUAUAAGCAUGAUUAGUCAAUGAUAACAACCAAUCAUCACACAGUAAAAAUUAAAUUAAGUGAGCAUAAUAUUUUAUCUACAGUAGACUGAGCAUGAUUAGUCAAAGAUAAUAACCUGCAUCCAAUCACCAUUCGCCAGUUCGCAAGUUAACAACUCAGCCACACAUGGUUAAAUAAAAAAAAAAAUAGUAAAUAACUAAUUAAUGGUAGAAGGUGAUAGACUUGUAUUCUUAUAUUAUAAAUAGUGCUAGUUUAGAUGGAGUUUAUCACACAUUCUCACUUGCACUUUACAGUCAUUAGAUUUCCUUGUUUUCUCAUCCCUUUGUCUGCUUAUCUCACUGAAACUCCAAAUGGCUGAGUUCGGGAUUUGCCUUGCUGAAAAACUCAUUGAAAUUAUCGGGUCUGCAGUCAUCAAAGAGAUUUGUGACAUGUGGGGUUACGAAGCUAAACUUGAUGAGCUCAUGAAGAUUGUCUCCGACGCUAAGGAUGUGCUCCGUGAUGCUGAGGCCAAGGUGUAGCUCCCCGACAAAACACGCCGCUAUAUUGAGGAGUUGAAGGAUGCAGUCUAUGAUGCUGAUGAUUUGUUCGAUGAGUUCUUAACCCUUGCUGAGUUGAAGCUCCUGGAUUGCAACAAGGAUAAUAAAAUCCUUGGAAAGGUAUGGCGCUUUUUUAAAUCUAAGAAAUAUGGAAUUAGUGAAGCUCACAGAAUGUCUCGCCAGGUUAAGAAAAUUAAGAAGCAGUUGGAUGCUAUUGUUAGUGACCAUAAAAAAUUCGAUCUUAGUGUAGAUAAUAAUCCUAUUAGUAAUAAGAGGGAGGAAACUUGUUCUUAUGUGGAUGCAAAGAUUAUAAUAGGGAGGGACAACGAUAUAAAGGCUGUCAUUGAUAUGUUGUUAGGUCCUAAUGAUGUUAAUGAAAAUUUUCGUUUCGUGACUAUCGUAGGAAUGGGAGGAUUGGGUAAAACUGCUCUUGCCCAACUUGUGUGUAAUGAUAAAAAAGUUGAAAAAGAGUUUCCGGAUCCCAAGUUAAGGUUGUGGGUUUGUGUCUCUGAUCAAGGUGGGGAACAAUUUGAUGUCAAAGUUAUUCUUUGUAAGAUUCUAGAAUUAGUUUCUGGUAUAAGGCUUGAUCGUACCUCCACAUUGGAAUGGGUGCAAAAGCAAUUUCAAGAGCAAUUAAAAGGAAAAAAGUACUUGCUUGUUCUUGAUGAUGUAUGGAGUGAAGAUUGUGAGGAAUGGCGUAGGCUGCAGAGCUUCUUAACAUUGGGCCAAGAGGGUAGUCGGAUUAUAGUGACUACACGUUCGGAGAUGAUUGCAGAAAUUAUUGGGGAAAAAUAUACGCACAAGCUGCAAGGUUUGUCUGAAGAGAACUCUUGGCUCUUGUUUGAGUCUGUAGCAUUUAACAAAGGGGAACACGAGCAAGUAAAUUAUCUUGAAUUAGUUGAUAUCGGGAAGAAGAUUAUUGAAAAUUGCUCUAAUACACCGCUUGCUAUAAAGGUGGUAGGAAGCCUUUUAUUUGGUCAACCUCUGAACAAGUGGCAGGCAUUUGAGCAGAGUGGGUUGGCUGGAAUUGAAAAAGGUGGUAAUUAAAUUAUGUC